AUGGAUUUUGCCUCUUUAAUGUCAAAGGAGAUAUCUAAAGCUCGCCCUUCCAAAGGCGACUCCAAAUCCUCCGUCGAGCCCCCCAAAAAGUAUAUGAAGCGGGCCGACGUCGAAGCAGAACGGGAAGCGCAAUACCACGCCGAGCAGCGCAAACUCGAAGAAGCAAAGGCUAGCAAGCUUUCAGAGAAGCGAAAAAGAGAAGAGGAUGAAGCGGAUGCGAAUAUAAGGCGAGAAGAGAAGCGCAGGAAGCUUGCAGAGGAGAGUAGACGGCGGAGAGAAGAGCAGGAGGCUGAGGAGGAGAGGGCGCGGAGAAAGAGAUUGGGCUUACCGGAGUUGGUGAAGGAGACGAGCGAGGAGGUCGAGGUGGACGAUAUUGCAGACGAAGAGCUUGUGGAGAAAUUACGGGGCAUGGGACACCCGGCGAAGCUGUUUGGGGAGAGUCAUAAGCAGAGGUUAAGGAGGUUUAAGAAGUUGGGCGUGGUUAUGACUGUGGGGCCCAUUCCGACGAGCUUGGAGUUGGUGGAGGAGAAGGAUAUGAAGGUUGAUACUGUGCCCAAGGAUGAAGAGGGCAAGAAGUUCUUGUUUAGACAGCUGGCUUCUUAUUUCACCAUGGUGAUUAAGGAGUGGGAGGAGGCUUUGGACAAAGAGAAGAGGGAUACGUUUGCGAGUAAGGCGGCCUAUAAUGCUAUGGUGCAGAGUAAAGAGAAUAUGACACCGCUCUUCCGCAAAUUCGAAAAAGGCGACGUCGAUGAAGGCGUUCUCGAGCCCGUAGUUGAAAUUGUCAAAGCAGCCCAAGAACGUCGCUACGUUGAUGCCAACGAUGGCUACCUGAGACUCAGUAUCGGCAAAGCAGCUUGGCCUAUCGGAGUUACUAUGGUCGGUAUCCACGAACGUAGUGCUCGAGAGAAGCUGCAUGAAAGUGAUAAAGGCCACGUUAUGGGGGAUGAGGUUACUAGGAAGUUCUUGCAGAGUAUCAAGAGGUGCUUGAGCUUUGCACAGGUUAGGUGGCCACCUGAGGAUAUCAGACAGCUGAUGGGUUGA